AUGGAUACGUCGACACUGCGGGAGUUCGCCUUUAAGAAGCUGCAGGAGGCCAGAGAACGAGGUACGGAACUGGCGGCUGUCACGGCUGCUCGUGCAGCCUCUUCCAUCUCCAGCUCCGUGCCAGUGUCAUCGUCUUUUGUUUUUCGCUCACAGAGCUCUACGACUCAGCAGGAGCAGCUACCAGUACCUCUCGAACAAAAGCUGGCAACGCUUAAGGCGUCCAAUGAAGCAUUGCACGCGAAGCUGGCGGGCUCAAACGGCACGCUGGACGAGAGCAUCUACAAAUUGGACCUCAUCAACGAAUCGCUGGCAUUUACUAUUGAGAACAUCCAGGAAGGCUCUCAUGUAAUGAAGCUGCUGAAUCGCCAGCUCAAAGACAGCGUUGCUAUGCAGAAUCCAGCGCAUAAGACGUUUUACCAGCGCCGCUUAGUAUAA